AACACAUGCUGCUAGUGGUACGCGUAACUUCGUCAAAGCUGCCGUACUAUCUUAGCUGUAAUUAAUCUGUGUUGUCGUUGCCGUUGUCAUGCACCGUUUAGCGUUCUGGUGAUUUUGCACAAAAAAAUUGUUAUCUCUUACCUAAAUCUAGAUAGCUUAAUCUGGGAAAAAGUUGACGAGGUCGAGGUUCGUACGGAUAAGAAAUUUGUAUUUAUUGGGCGUGAAAAUCACACGUGGAAUAAAGAUGUGGUGGAUCAUAUUAACGAUGCUGUACGUCGCCUUCGAUGUGAAUUACUUCGUUCGAGCGAUCUUUACAGUCGUAGUCAUUUUCUUUUCCAAGCGAAAUCUCAAAUUGACCGACACUAUCACUACCUAUGGCAUCUGCACCACCCAGGACAUCGACAUGAUGCUGAACCACAUGAACAAUGCUCGCUUUCUGCGUGAGCUGGACUUUGCCCGGUACCACUGGUACGGCCGAACCGGCUUCUGGACCAAACUGCGAGCUUUUAGCGGAUCGGCUGUGCAGGCAUCGUCCAUGAUCCGUUACCGCAAGAUGCUGUCGCUGGGGCAACCCUUCCGGAUAGAAACCAACGUGGUUUGGUGGGACGAUAAGUGCAUCUUUUUCGAGCACAAGUUCAUCACGCUGCUGGAUGGAUUCGUCCGGGCGGUAGCCAUUUCGAGACAAGCCGUUACCGGGGUGGAAUUGUCCCGGGUGAUGGACCAAUUCGAGGAAAGUCGCUGCAAACCGGAACAACCGGACGAGAUUCGACAUUGGAUGGAUGCCGUGGAUAUUUCCAGCCGGAAGUUGCGGAAAGAGCGAUAGGAGCCUGCAUUUGGGUUUCACCUGGAAUGUACCCUACAAUUGCGAUAUUGAAAUGUUACAUAGUAUUGCGAUAAACUCUAGUCAACUUAGUUGAAGAUGGUAAUUUCAAAUAACAGACUAAAGUGGUAAUUUUUAUAC